AUGCUUUCUAAAUUUUACUAUUUUAUUGUCUUUACGUCACUGUUUCUAUCUUAUAGCUCUUGUGUAUACUUUAGACGACUUUUCUUUUUGUUUUCCACGGAAAUAGAGGAAACUAUUCAAUUUACAAAGAAAGAUUAUGGUAAGUUAGCUUUAUGUUAAGGUUUUAUUUUUUAGGUACGUUGAUAUUAGUGUCGACGUUUACUUAUGCUCUGGGAAAGCUGAUAUUGGGAUCUUUAAACGACAAAAUUAAACCUGAGCGAUUGUUGGCGUUGUCAGUUUUCUUGGUCUCUUUAACAGUUUUGGCGCUGUCGAAGGCUACAACGUUUACGGAAUUGAUACUAUGGGUGUCUGUGAACAUGUUUUUACAAGGUGGAGCAUGGAUUGCUGCUAUAAAGCUAGUUAAAGUGGUAAGAACUGACUUCUUUAUAUUGUGCUUGGUGUUGCGGUGAGAUUUGGUUGUAAAGUUUAAUUUUAUGAUUAUUCUGACUCGUGUUUGUGAUAAUAUGGAAGAAUAUAGGCUAAUCAACUUAUUUAGAAUUUUUCAUCUGACAAUUUCUCAACGUUGUUCUGUAUUAUGGGAUGUACGAACAAUUUUGCUGGAUUUGUAGCACCAUGGACAUUGAGAAGGCCGUGGCGAGAUGCUGUUCAACUUUAUGGUAAAUAUUAUUUAAAUAUAAUUAUUAGAUUUUUUUUAUAUAUAAAAUCCAAUGUUUAUUUUUUAGGAACGAUUGGAGUUGGAUUUGCAGCGUACCUUGCAUUAUCCUUAAGUUCAACUAUACCUGGAACUCCUCAUGAAUCGAAAAAGAAGCCAGAAAAGUCUAAACCAAAGUCAUUGCUGAUCUUCCUGCUGACAGAUCGAACUAUAUGGAUUGUGUCAAUGUUUAUACUGAUUGCUGUAGAAAUUAGGACUAUAGCUGAGAGCUGGACACCCAUAUUCAUCAGAGACACUUCAAAGAAUCCUGAUUUUGAUCUGAAGACAUUUUUGACUGCGUUUGACGUUGGAGGGAUAUUUGGUGGACUGUUAUCGGGUUUGAUAGUUCAGAUGUUAUACAAAAAGUAUGGUCGUGACCAGUCUAGGAUUAUAGUUGGGCUCAAUUGCUGUGUUUUGUUGAUUGUAUCAACUGCCAUGUUGUUCUGCACGGGAGUAGGUCUAGUUUGAUUAUUUGUUAUAUUUUAUAAAGUUUACGCUGAUGUUAAUUGUAGUGUUAAGAUUAAAUCAUGAUUUAUCUUUGUUAUUUUUAGAUGACAACCUUCUUCGGCUUUGCUGUAGGAGCAUUGGUAUACGGCAAUAUUAAUGUAUGGGGUAUUGUAUCAACUGACAUGGCUCCACGUGAAAUUACAGGCACUGCCAAUGCUGUCAUAUCUUUUAUAUGUAACGGUAAGUAAAUUAUAUUAUGUUUGGUAUCUAAACUGUCAUUAUACACAAUAGUUUAAUACCUAAACAUAUAGUUAUUGGCUGAACAAGAUUAUAGAUGACAUUAAAUUGAAAUUAUUUAAAUUUUUAAAGUCAAGUUUAGUUUUAAGUUUUAAAAGACUAAAUUUAAUGUUUCAGGAGGCUCACUGAUCGCUGGAAGACCAGUAGCUUUGUUAGUGGAAGCAUUUGGAUUUGCUGGAUUACUGCCAUUCUUUUUGGCACAUUUUAUCGUACCAAUUUUGUUAUAUUAUCCUUGUAGAAGCUCUGCUUUGAAAGUCAAGGCGGAAUAG